CUGUGUAAUCGUGUCGGUGGAGUUGAUGGCGUCAUUCCGCGUCCUGCCGGAGCUUCCCGAGCGCGCUGAAGGAACGGAGGAGCAGCGAAGGCCGACGCGAGCGUGCCACCGGCGGCCGGGAUUGAGCGACGCCAAGCCGGACACCCGAGCUAGGAAAACAUGGAGGCUGUAGCGGAGGAGCUGCAGGCCGGCUCCCGGAUCCCGGUGACCGUCGAUCAGAUCGUGAACGACACGUUGGUGGUGACGCUCACGUACCGAGAGAGAAACUACACGGGCAUCUUACUGGACUGCGACAGAAAGACUGGGCUGUUUUGCCUCCCAGAUGUCGUUGGAAAGUCAGACGAGAGCCUGAUAUUGAGACCAGACUGUGAUGUCUCAAGUGAAGAGUCUUCCUCGAAAUCCCCUAGUCAACCUACACCACGACCAAAAGAUGAGAACACAGAGCCCGAGAUGUCUCCUCCUUGUCCUGUACCCAUCCCAGUGCAACCGGGCCAGCCUACGUACCCUCCGUACUUUGAGGGCCCUUUUCCUCAUCCCAUGUGGGUCCGGCACACCUACAACCAAUGGGUUCCUCAACCGCCACCUCGUCCAAUCAAGAGAAAAAAGAGACGAGGUCGAGAGCCGGGAAGGAUGACAAUGAGCACGAUCAGACUGCGACCUCGGCAGGUGUUGUCGGAGAAAUGUAAGAACACGCUAAACAGUGACGAAGACAGCAAAGAUGGGCCGAUGGUGCCCAGGACGUCCCGGAAGGAGAAUGCACCUCAAGCAGACGAGGACACUAAAGCCGUCCCUGGCAAGAGUCUGAGAAAAGACGACGGGGGCGACACUAAAGAGGCCAAGAGAGAGGACUCGACAGUCUACGACAGCAAGCGGUUUAGAAAGGACAAGAAGGAAGAUGAGAAGUAUCCUGGAGGUGACAUCAUUCCUCACAGUCCUGUCAUUAAGAUCUCCUACAGCACUCCGCAAGGUAAAGGUGAAGUGAUAAAUCCCUCAAGAGUUCACGGUUCUGUUAAACCCUUCUGCCCGAAGCAGUUAUUGCAGAAUGGACACCGAGAAAGAGGCGGCUUCAAGCAAGCCCCAAAAGAGCUGACACCCUCCAUGGACUCCAUCCGAACUGGUCUUACCAUUUCCAUUCCCAAACUCAAGCUCCCUAAGCUAAGUGGUCCAGACGCCCCAUCGCCAAAGAUACGUGUAAGAUCGAGGGCUGACGGAGCGGAGCAAGUGUCUGUGUAGGCGGAGCUAGUGGGUGGUGCUCGUCGAAAGCAUCCCAGAGAUCCCAACUCUCAGUCUGAGGAUGGUGGAGAGAAGAACUCGCUACAACUUUGGUCCGGCAACUGUGGAGAGGAAGUCGAACGUCACGGUGACCUGACUUUACUUAUUAACUUCCGCAAGAGGAAAGCUGACUCGUCAAGCCUCUCCGUGUGCAGCAGUGACAGUCUGGAUGAGUCGAAGUCCUUCAGUUCAGACGGCACGUCGCCAGAACUGUCCGAUCUUGCACCGGGCGACGACCUCUCCGUGUCGUCGUCCUCUCAAGGGGAGAGUAAGACUGUUCCGCCUCUAACUGUUCGACUGCACACUCGCAGCAUGAGUAAAUGUGUGACCGAGGAUGGUCAUGCAGUGACGGUUGGUGAUGUAGUUUGGGGUAAGAUUCACGGUUUCCCUUGGUGGCCCGCACGGAUACUCAGUAUAAGCGGUACUCGUAGAGAAGAAGGUGAGAUUGACGCACCUUGGCCCGAAGCGAAAGUGUCCUGGUUCGGCUCGCCCACCACUUCAGAACUCUCCGUUGCCAAACUGUCACCUUUCCGUGAGUUCUUCAGGUCACGUUUCAACCGCAAAAAGAAAGGGAUGUACCGGCGUGCCAUAAUGGAGGCGGCCAAGGCCGUGGGACACAUGAGUGCAGAAAUCACAUCUCUACUUGCUCACUGUGAAACUUAGUGGAAGAAGAGGGCAGUAGACUGGCUGUCAUUCAUGGAUCUGCGCUCCCAGGAUGUGGCAGUCUCCCCGGAUGGAGAAUGCCCUCAUUGGCCACGGAUAUCAUGAGGGAAGGUCCUUUUUUCCCCACACGUCCGAUGGAAGAAAAUGGCAAACUUGAUAACGUGUGGACUGCGUUUGAGGGGCCACGACAAACACGCUGGAAUAUCUCAACAAGAGAUAACAGGAGUCUCUCCAUCAUUUGUUUGUUGUUUAGGACGUACAUUAUAUUAGAACAAGUAGCUUGACACUAAAUCCGAAUGUAUUUAUUCACGAAACACUCGACUGGCCUCAAAAUUACCCUGUAAGAUCACACUGCUGCUGUUUCUUUAGAACGACUGUUUCUUCGCCUGCCCGUUUAUGGUUGAUGCCCGCCCCAUCACAGCGCCAUCCUCAUAGGAUGCCCGAACGGAAUGGACUGACGAUUAUCUGUAUUAUGAUACUAAAUGACAAGUCUUACCGUGUGUCCAUUUCAUCAAAUUAUGAAAAUGUGAAAUUCCUUUUUUCAUCUUCUGCGUCUAGAGAUCAUCGUGUAGCUCGUGCAACAUCUCUCACUAGUUAAACACGUUUCUCCAACCGGUGUGCAGAAAUAUAUCUCCUGUCUUUUGGAUCUGUUCGUUAAGAGGCCUGCGACGUUUCAGUUGUAUUUGCUUUAUUUAAUGUCACGUUAAGAAAUGCACUUUAUCCAUAUACCUUGGUGGCCUGCUGUGAACUCACGAGCGAACAAACACUCGAGAGUCGACCCAUCGCCUCUGAAGUGAUUUUUAACUUUCAAUAUACAGAUUUAGAUUUUUGAAGGAUGCUUUCAGGAAGUUGUGCACACUGUAUUAUCAUAUUAACCCGGGUUAUGUUAGUCACCAUUACUUUAGAAACGUUUCCACUGGAGAUAUGAUCAGACAUGUACGCUUCUAGGCACCAUCUGUUUUUAUUAAAGCAUCACAAGUCCAGCUGAUGGGAUGAAUUCAAUCAGUGGUCUUCUAAAUGGGGUUUGCUAAUAUCGGUGUCUGCUUCAAUACAGAGCGUGAGCGUUUCAAAAGGUUUUGCUCAGGACUGGGGCAUAAAGGGCAAUCAACGCAGCUCAGCACUAGAGCUGCACAUCAAUCGCAGGUUUUUGUGCAUUUCUGUACCACCUGGUGUAUGAUUAUGGACUCUGCAGGCGUUUAUAUGUGCAGCCAGCCAAUGCUCAACAAGGUGAAUUUUUUUUAUGUGCUGUAAAUAGAAUAAAAUAUGAAAGCAGUAACCUCUCUGGAAUGUUCUUUUGCGUGUGUGUGCGUGUGUGUGUGUUGUGUUGAUGAUGUGUGUUGUGUUGAUGAUGUGUGUUGUGUUGAUGAUGUGUGUGUGUUUGUUGAGUGAGUUUGUGUGUGUGUGUGUGUGUGAUUGUGUGUGCGUGUUGAUUGUGUGUGUGUUGAGUGAGUG